GUGAAGGGCCGCCACGGCGGCAUGGUCGCCGCCUCCUUCGUAUUGGUGGUGGAGAUAUUGGAGAAUCUGGCGUUUCUGGCGAAUGCGAGCAAUCUGGUGAUGUACAUGAGGGAGUACAUGCACCUGUCGCCGUCGAGAUCGGCGAAUGACGUCACCAAUUUCAUGGGAACGGCCUUCCUCCUCGCCCUCCUCGGCGGUUUCCUCUCCGACGCCUUCUUCUUCUCCUUCUUCAUCUUCCUCUCCUCCGCCGCUAUCCAGUUCCUGGGUCUGAUCCUGCUCACAGUGCAAGCUCGAACUCCGUCGCUAAUGCCGCCGGCGUGCAAGGGCUCCGCCGGACAGUGCGAGCCAGUGGGCGGGUCGAAGGCGGCGAUGCUGUUCGUGGGUCUGUACCUAGUGGCUCUUGGUGUCGGAGGGAUCAAAGGGUCCUUGCCUUCUCACGGAGCCGAGCAGUUCGACGAGACCACACCAAAGGGUCGAAGACAAAGGUCGACGUUCUUCAACUACUUCGUGUUCUGUCUCGCCUCUGGCGCUCUCGUCGCCGUCACGUUCGUGGUUUGGCUCGAAGACAACAAAGGCUGGGAAUGGGGCUUUGGAGUUUCCACCAUCUCGAUCUUCGUCUCGAUUCUCGCCUUUCUCGCUGGCUCGAGGUUUUACAGGAAUAAGAUCCCUUCUGGAAGCCCUCUUACCACAAUCUUGAAGGUUCUAUGUGCAGCGGCUGUGAACACAUGCGGCACGAGCAAAGGGUCGAGCAAUGCCAUUGUGAACUUAGCCGUGAGCCCUUCCAACCACUGCGUUUCUAAAGGUGGAGAACAAUCAGAUGGAGAAGUCGAGAAGACAAGAAUACAUGAUCAAGAAGCAUCUUCUCCGGUUCUGACAAACAGCUUGGGAUGUCUGAACAGAGCUGCAGAAGAGAAACCGAUCCACAGAUCUCUUGAAUGUACGGUCGAGCAAGUAGAGGACGUGAAGAUUGUGCUCAAAGUGCUUCCGAUAUUUGCAUGCACCAUAAUGCUCAACUGUUGCUUAGCUCAGCUAUCCACUUUCUCUGUUCAACAGGCUGCGACGAUGAACACGAAGCUCGGGAAACUCAAGGUUCCUCCUGCGUCACUUCCCGUCUUCCCCGUCGUGUUCAUAAUGAUUCUUGCACCGGUCUAUGACCAUAUAAUCAUUCCCUUUGCCCGGAAAGUAACCAAAUCCGAAAUGGGUAUCACACAUUUGCAAAGAAUCGGUAUCGGUCUAGUCCUUUCGAUCUUGGCCAUGGCUGUGGCGGCUGUGGUCGAGAUUAAACGAAAGAGGGUGGCCACAGAAACUGGGUUGCUUGACUCGCAAGAAACCUUGCCCAUCACAUUCCUAUGGAUCGCGUUUCAGUACCUGUUUCUGGGUUCGGCCGAUCUGUUCACCUUAGCCGGUUUGUUGGAGUUUUUCUUCACGGAAGCACCUUCCUCGAUGAGAUCAUUGGCCACGUCUCUCUCGUGGGCCUCGUUGGCAAUGGGUUACUAUCUAAGCUCAGUGAUCGUAUCGAUCGUGAAUGGUUCGACCGGUAGUGGAUUGGGUCAGAGGCCUUGGCUCGAAGGCGAAAGCUUAAACCUUUACAAACUCGAUAGGUUCUACUGGCUGAUGUGCGUUCUGAGCGCUGUGAAUUUCUUGCAUUACCUCUUCUGGGCUAUGCGUUACAAGUACAGAUCAAUCCGAAUAUAGAUUUUGAUCGAAACGUUGUAUACAUAAUAUAUAUAUAUAGUUUUGAUGGAUCCUUUCGGACAAGCAAUGUACAGCAGUUUUCAUUUCAUUCUCUGGUUCUCUCUUUCUUUUGUCUUUGCUCAUACGAUAAUCCAUUUUACUUUUAUGUUGAUAUAGAUAACUUUCUUUGAUUACAUAAACGUAAAAAGCAUACAUGCUUCGGAACUUAUUGGUUAAA